AUGAGCGCGGCCGUCAAGCGGGUGCGCAUCCAGGGCUGGACCCUCGCCGACAGCUACACCUUCAUCUCCGUCUUCCUGCGCAGAUACGCAACCUCGACUUCCGGAGACACAGGAUCAACAUCUACAUCUACAUCGACAUCGACAUCGACAUCGACAUCUCGCACUGCCCGCCGCCAUUUCCACGACUACUUCGUCACGCAUCUGCCGACCUCCUCGCUGCAUCCAGACUCCCGCGCCUCCGUCGGGCCCCAGCACCACCUCCCGCGCUCAGCCUCUGUCCCGCAUGCCGCCUCGUCCACCGUUGCAGGCACCAGAACCAAUGCCUCCCCGGCCACCAUCUCCCCUGCCUCCGGGCUCGCCAUAGGCCGCGAGACAACCGUCGUCCGCAUCCCUCUGCGCAGUGCAAAGCACCAUUUCGGCGUCUCGCAUGUGCGUGGCUCGCGCCCGACCAACGAAGACACCUACCAGGCCGGCGUCAUCGACCUGCCGGCCUUUGCUCGCCGGGCACCCUUAUCCGUCACCGUCGGCCAGGCUGCCGGGGAAGGCAAUAAAGCGGCCGACAGCGCUACGGGAGACCCCCAGGUGUUCUACUUUGGCGUGUUUGACGGCCACGGCGGGACGGAGUGCAGCGAGUUCCUGCGGGACAAACUGCAUGGCUACAUCCAGCAGACGGCCGUCGAGUUCGGCAUGGAGUCGGCGCUGUCAAAGUGCGUCGAGAGCCAGCGGCUGACCAACAGAGCGGUCCGCCAUCGAGAGCGCGUGGGGGAGGUCAAGUACGGCGUCUCUCCUUUCUCUACUACGUCUUUUUCUACGGAUGACAGGCAGCGCAGCCACGCGGUGCAGGGGGACCUGCCGAUCCUCCAAAAGGCCAACAGAGAACGCAUCGGCGCCAUGGAGAAGAAGCUCGUCGCCGACUGGAGGGAUCUGGUGGGCGGCUACUUUCGACGGUUUCAGCCGCUGCAUUUCUCCUACGCCGGGGCCGAACCGACUGGCAGUGACGGCGACGACGGCCAUCACGGCACCACCAUCAACCAUGCAGAACCCGAUGCAGAAGGGGAAGACAUCCGUGUCAGCGUCCGGUCGGGCGUCUCGAUCGAAGAAGUGGUCGAGUACGCCUUUCUCCGCGCCGACCUCGACUUCGUCUCCGAGCAGGUAUCCAGGAACGACUCCAAACCACCCAUCCCGACCAGCCCCGAGAAGCCGCUCAACGAAUACGACAUCCUGCACCAGCCCAACCGAUACCGCGACAACAUGCCUGGCAGCGGCGGCCGCACACCGCACCACCACCACCACCACAAGACCUUCAAGGGCGGCAGCACCGGCAGCAUCGCCAUGAUAUCCACGCCCACGCCCACCCCCUUCUGGCACCCGGACGCUCCCUCCUCCCUGCUCGUCUCGCACAUAGGCGACACCCGCAUCCUGCUCUGCUCGACGGCAACAGGCCACCCGAUCCCGCUCACGACAGACCACCACCCGUCCUCGCCCGUGGAGAGUGCCCGUCUGCAACGCUACGCCGCGACGUUCGUGACCGACUCGUUCGGCGAGGAACGCAUGUCCGGCCUGGCCAACACGCGAGCCUUUGGCGACAUCGCGAGCAAACGCAUCGGCGUCUCUGCUGAGCCGGAGCUGCGACGCAUCGACAUGCGGCCUGCCGAGUACUCGUUUCUCGUCCUCAUGAGCGACGGCGUCAGCGGCACCCUGAGCGACCAGGAAGUCGUCGAUAUCGUCAAGGAGGCCAAGACGCCGGACCAGGGCGCGCGAGACGUCGUGGCCUUUGCGACCGAGGUGUCUUCGGACGGGGACAAUGCCACCUGUCUCGUUGUGCGGCUGGGGGGCUGGGAGCGGCGCCAGGAGGGCGGCCUGGGGAGCAUGGCCACCAAGGAGGCCAGGGAGUGGAGGAGCAGAGACGCUGCUGAUCCGCGGAAGCGAAGGAGAUGACCAUUGAUAUUCAAUCGAGGAUGAAGAUUAUUCUUGAAGAUUUAUUCAACUGUUCUGUUCUGCUGUGAUAUUGGUUUCGUUCGUUACGACUGCAUAUACCGUUUGCAUAGACUGCUUCUCCUGAUAGUUACUUGUGCUGUCUGUAUAUAUCGACCCGGCCGAUCGCCGUCUUUGCCGGUAAAUAUCCUUCUCCGUCUGGUAGAUUAUAUCAACUCUCUUCCGUCUGGUAGAUUAUCAAUUCAUCAACUUGUCUUGAUAGAGUCUUGAUCCUGCAGCCUCAGCCUGUUGCUCCAUCCACAACUCAACUCACUACAUCUACAUCUACAUCUACAACUACCAUCACCACCAGCAACAUCACCAUCUACAUCGACAUCGACAGCUACAUCACCGCUAUCCGACAUCCUCGACUACUCGUUUCCCGUCGCUAGUCCUCGCUGAUCCGCCAAGUUCCUCCCGGUCGAGCCGCAGCCUCCAUCUCCAGACCCAGAAAAAAAUAUCCAGCAAAAAGCCAGCAGGCAUCAACGACAACCGCAAAGACAAAGACAAGAACAAGAACAAGACAGCAGAGACAAAGCAGAGACGGAAGAGACAGAUCUUGCUCUUCUCGAGGCCGCUUCUCGCUCGACUCAAGUCCCAGACGCUGC